UCACCGCCUCGUGGUUAACCGGCGCUCUGCCUUCAUGUCGCGGCUGUGGGACAGCAGCAGCAGCAGCAGCUUACCGGUAUUAGCGCCUGCUGCUCCCUCUGCCCCCCCGGGGUGGGUGUGCAUCGUCGUAGCUGCUACUGUCUCUUUAAAUUUACCCAGGAGCCCCUUAAGGAGCCCCAGGGGCCCCUAGUCCGGCUCCCCACCCUGAAGACAAGCAAGAGCCUAAAAAUUCAUGAGUAGAGGCCUGAGCCGAGGCGCCUCCACCGAGCACCGCGGAGCAGCGGCCCUUUUCGCCGGUGGAUUUAUGAUUGUGUGCUUGCAUGAAAAGUUAACUUGGCUCCCGUGCGGGGCGCGUGGGGGGACCGCGGAGAGCACGGGCUCCUCGGCGGUGGGCUCGUUAUAGAGCGCCUGGCAGAUGCGUGUCGAACGCUGCGGAGCGGCGAGAACGUGUUGUUGUUGUGAGGGUGACAUGCCCCACGACGGCGACACGACCCACUGAACGAAGCACCGCCAACCACGACUGAAGCGAGAGCAGCGAUCCAGUGAUGGAAGAGAAAGGAGCGGGGCAGGGGGAGCCCGUGAAGCUCCGCUGUGCCUAUCAGCCGGAGCUGCUCUCAUUAAUAACAAGCGGGCAGGAGGAAACCACGCAGGAGGAGAGCGAGUUAGUAGAAGACGGUCUUGCCAAUGGCCAUGGAGAGGUGGAAUCAGAGAGCGGUGUGGUCACGCCUGUCAGGUCACCAGGCACCAGCUACUGGAGCAUCACAGAGAGCCCAGAUCACCCCCUCCUCCUCUCCCUGGCCCCGGGGCCCUCUGGAGCCAAACCCAGGGUGCAGAGAGCCUCGCGUCCAGGCCUGAGCCGGAUUCCAGGCCGUGACCACCGCCGGUACUACCACGAGUACUGGCGCAGCGAGUACCUGAUGGACUUUGACCCCCAGAGGCACGGCAUGAUCUGCAUGGUGUGCGGUAGUUCAUUGGCCACUCUGAAGCUCAGCACUAUCAAGAGGCACAUCAGACAGAAGCACCCAGACUCCCUGCUGUGGAGCGCUGCCGACAAAGAGGUGAUCCGCUCGGGGUGGGAGAGCCACCUGAGUUUGGGGGGAGGGCAGAAGUUAUACAGCCCUGCUUCGGGACCCUCACUUCAGGGAGAAGAGGACACUAGGCACUCAGGUCAACAGACUGGAGAAACUGCAGACCCUGUGACAGCCCAGGAGCAAACCCAGCAGUCCAUCAGCCUGACUCCCUGCUCUGUGGAGGGUGAAGCCCCGCAGCCUAAAGAAGAGGAGCAGUACCUGCCCGAGCCGUCAGCGCAGAUCUUGGAACGCUAUCUGAACGACUCGCUGCAUGCCUGGUUCCGUCAGGAGUUCUUGAUGGAAUAUGAGUCUCAUGCCGGUCGGCUGCUGUGCAUGGUGUGUGGAGCGGUGCUGCCCUCGCUUCACCUGGACCACAUAAAGAGCCACCUGCUGGACACCCACCCUAACUCACUGGUGUACAGCUCUGAGGAGAAACACUGCAUCCUUCAGGCCUGGACUCAGACUCACGCAGAAGAAGCGGAGCACUCAAACAAAUCAGAGACCAAAGAUGCCGCUGUGGGGCUCUUCUCUGAGGACGUGGAAACCAUCCAGAUCAACACUGACGUGUACACGGAGGGCGGCGGCACUUUAACUCAGGACACUUGUCUUAUUGGUGAGGACGGCGGUGUCGGAGUUCCCCAGCAGGGUCUGCAGCCCUUCCGGCAGCCUAAGAAGAGGAGGCUACACGGGGGCGACCCGUGGCGGCUGCGUCUGGACUAUCUGGUGGCCUACGGGCCUCAAGGCCAGGGCAUGUUCUGUAUGGUGUGUUCUCAGGUCCUGCAUGAAACCAAGGUUAGCAGCUUCCGCCGCCACAUCCAGGAAUGUCACCCGGAGACCACAACCCUGAGCCGACAGGAAAGGGAAGCCAUGGCUGCAGCCUGGACCAAAGAUUACCCCAGUGAAGGCAUGCAGAUCCAAGAUGAAAUCAACCCCAGUGAAGUUGAUGUCCUCAGUACCGCAGGAGAGACAAAUGAAGAUGCCUCCCCUGAUGUCAAAAUACCCAGCAAACUGGUGAUAAAGGAGGAAGCUGUGGGCGAAGCCAAGGGCAAAUCAAAGGAUGGCGGCGCUGCAAACACACCUUCUCGUCAUGGUCAUUACCCCGGCAAGGACCAGAGGAGGAACUACCAGGUGCGCUGGCGGACGGAUUACUUGAUGGAUUACGACUGUAGGAGGCACGGGCUGAUCUGCAUGGUGUGUGGAGCCACUCUGGCCACACUGAAGGUCAGCACUAUUAAAAGGCAUAUUCAGCAGGUCCACCCUCACUCGCUGUAUUUCAGCGCAGUGGAAAAGCAGCAGGCCCUGCAGAGCUAUAACCAGACUGCCCUGCAUUUCAUCCAUUCUGACGACUGCUUUUCACCCCGGGACCAUGGACAUACUGAGCUGGCCCCCACUUCAACACACUUGGACACUUAAGAAGGGCUUCUGUCUGUUGCUCCUUACAUGACUUCAGAAACAGCCCUCCUUGUUCUCUUGAAGGGAAAUUCAGGUAUUUGUAAUUUGUAAAAGACUGCAAUUUCCCUUUAAGUCGGCAUCUGGGAGUACUGCUGUGGCUAAAGGACAAUAAUGGGUGCCACGUGGGAAUCGACAACAAUACAAAUAUCACGCAGCCUAAAACAAAAUCAAAGUGCAGCCACUCAUUUGAAACUAAAGCUUUUUUGCACAUCGCCUGUUUUACCUGAGGACCUCACAAGAUUUUGGGAAAUUAUUGCUUUAGAUGUACAAAAUGUAUGUUUUGCUUAUGUAUUUAUUUCCUAGCUUUGUAUCUGUUGGUACUUUAAAUAUAAAUCAACAUGAACCCAAGUGGGUGGUCCUCUGGAGCAAUCGGAUAAUAUCUCUGAAUCUGCGGACACAAACUGUAGAGUAACGCUAAGAUACUUUUUAAAAGUAAUGUAUAGAAAAAUGACACGGGGCUCAUGCUAUCGGUCCAGUCACAUUCACUGCUAAUGUGGCAAAGACUGAACAUAGAUGGAUCUUCUUUUUGUUGGGGGUACAUUCGCUUUUCACAUCCUAAGAAUUGAUGCAGUGUUCUCUUUGGCAGCCAACAACAAAACAUUUCUGCUUUGCUUCUAGGUAAAAUAUUGUAAUGUAUCAGUUAGCAGAGGCAGCUAGCUGCUAGCUGCAUGUGAAUUUAUUCUGUUCCUUAGUCUUUGUUGGCCUACCAAACUAGCUGCUAAUGUGCUAAUAUGCCAGUUUUGUUCAAAGUAGAUGGGGUCCCCAGGUACAGGCGCAUACAGCGCAGCAUUUAUGAUGGCGACAUUUAACAGCCAAGCCUAGUUACGUUUAUGUCAGAAUCAUAGCAAUGCAUGGACUUAAUAUUUUGUCAAGGUUGGCAUGUCAUAUUAGCUGUGUUGCACCUUCAGCUUUCAGCUGCAACUGCUCCUCGGAGAAUAAAGUGCCCCACAAAAGAACUGAAAGUAAUGGGACAGUUAUGUCUUUAAUAACCUUUUGCCUAAUUAGCAAGCUUGCUAACUGGCAGGUAACAGUUGCCUACCAGCUAGGGUAGCGGCAAUGUUACAUUUGAUGUUCUGAUUCCUGUCCUCCAAAAAGGAAAGCUUUACUGAAUGCUGAAUGCUUCGAUUUUAGUGGAAACACAACAAAGAUUUCCAGUGAAACAUUCCAAUGUGGUAACAAACUCGCAAAUUUCACUUUGAGGUCACCAGGGCCACCCUCUUCCUGGGCUAGCUAGCACGCAGACAGAAUUAGCAGUUGCGUCUCAUUUGGGCUAGUUAGGAAAAACAGAAGUAACUUUCUGGUCUGAAUCAAUGUAAAUGUGGAAUAUUUAAACACGGAUACUCGUUCAUGUAUUUCUCAGCAGAGAUGUUUGGUUUGUCAGAGGAGGAAAAGGUCAGGCAAGCUCGGAGAGGACUUCUAAUACCGAUGCCCUAUUUUGCAUUUCUAAAGAAAGGCAUUCAGUUAUGCAAUAAAAUAUAAUAACUUAUCAAUCCUACGCUUGAUCACGCCACAAAGUUUCAUGAUGCUCAGCAGUGCUCGCUAACAGACAAAAGGGGUGAGCAAGUUGCUGACUGAGUGGAGAUGAGCCAUUGGUUUCCCUGCUGCAAGUCAAAAUCUUUGUUCCUUUGAUACCCAACGAGUAUCUGGACUUAAGCACUUAUGGCACAGUGAAGUCCUGGAAAUGUGGCAUUGUGGGGGCCUGAGUCUUCUCUCAGGAAGUAAGAAACAGAGUGCUCAGUGAGGCGAACAAGAAAACUGAGUCAAAUUUAAGACAACUCAGCACUUUGUCCCAUAAAAUGUACUAAACCCCAAAUGUCCUUGUGUGCAUCCAAUAGAAUGAGAUGUUUGGUGUUAUUGCUGAAGACAAUGAAUGGCAGCGUGCAGUCACUGGGUUCACAUCACUCCAGUCUAUUUAAUCUCUUGUUUACAGAGGAGGAAGAGGAGGCCCUCUUCUCACUUAUCCUCAGCAUUUGGCAUCAACAUCAGCCUGAGUCAUUUUGUUAGCUAAAAGCUGUACAAAAAUAUGUAAAUAUGAAUGAUUAUUUCUUUAUAUGAGCACUUUGAUGCAGCCUGGUUUCUACAGUCUCUGUUUGUAAUUAUAUCCAGUUUUUCUACUUUAUUCCAAACAGCGUCAUUCUUCAACACUUGGAGCGAAGCUUGUUGAACUUCUGCCUUCACUUUGAAACCUUCACUCCAGCUCUGGUACCGCUUCAUAUUUUUCAUUCACUGUACAAAGUUUAUGCAACGAAGAAAACUGAAGAUUAAUUAUUUGGAAAAGAAAAGUCUGCCAUAACCAGUUCUUCACCUGGAAAUUAUACCUCAGGGAUUUUGUUUUCAUCGACAGCCCAUUCACAUAAUCGUUCUCAACUUGUAGGCUGUCGAUGUACUGAUGGAGGAGUCAGGAUUGGUUGUACAGGUGGGAGAAAUAUGAGAACCUGGGCCACUGUUUAAAGAAAACAGAAGUCUAAAAAUGUUACUUUUUUAUUGUAUUUUUAAGAAGUUGUGCUUUCACAAAAAGUUGGAUUUUAAGGGGGGAAAGUCAUGUUUUAAGAAAAAGUCACAUUACAAUGUCAUAGAAUUUUACAAUUGUGAGCAAAAGAACAUAUAUACAUAUGAUCAGUUCAUUAGGUACACUCUGCUAGUGCUGGGUUGCACUCUUACAUCAUCCAGCCGCUGCAAAUAGUCUUCAGAGAUUUGUACGGUUUGUGCAGAUUCGACUGCUGCCCCACGGGCACGACGGGUCCAUGCUUUCACUGUGUUGAAAUUUGGACACUAUCAUCCGAAUAUUGUAGUAGAAAUGAAGACUCAUCAGGGUGUUUUUGCAAACUUCUGUCGUCCAGUUUUGGUGAGUCCGAGUGAACUGUAGCCUCUUGCACUUGCUGAGCAGCCCCUGGUCUAGUCUGCUGCUGCUGCUAACGUGUCGUGUGUUUUCUCCUUUUUCACACUGUUCUCUGUAAACUUAGAUACGGUUGUGGAGGAAAAAGUCUUGUGAUUGGCUGUAAAUGAGCAGUCAAACAGGUGUACCAAAUGAAGUGGUCAGUGAGUGUAUGUUUAUUCUGACAUAUUCUACACCUAAAGCAGAGAAUAUGACUUCAUUCUCAAAAACAACUUGUGAAACCAUGAUGAUAUUCUGCGUUUCCCCCUUUAAAUGCUACAGCGUCUGUGGUCAGCGGCUCCAUUCCUGACUCACUUUCUACAAAUGAUUUCAUUUUUUUGCAUUAGAGCAGGUCUAACCAUGGCUCUAAUAACAUUUUGACACAGCACUUAUAUUUUAAAAUGAGGUGAGUUGCAGUGAAACGAAUCAGAGGCUCAUUUAAGUGAGACAUGAUGCACUUGAUUGGAUGUGUGUGUUUACUGUGUUUGUGGGGGGAUGAGCUCCUCCUCCUUUAUGUUCUCAUCACCUUUCAUCUGUAAAUGAUCAACAUAUGCAUUCUCUCCUCUGUGGUCUUUGAA